UUCGCUUGUAUAUCGAAUUAUUUUUGCUGAUCGAGAAGAACGAUACUCGAAGGUUAAUGAACGUCUGAUUAUCGGAUUAUCGCUCAUCGGAAUUGGCAGAGGAAUUAGUUUAUUUGACGCUUUUCCAAUUGACGACUGUGUUUUUAUCUUCCUAAUUAAAAACUUGCGUUUUGAGUGAAUUUUCGAGUGCUUGUGAUAAUGAAAGUUAAAAGAGCAACAGAAUCAAGCUUCAAUGGCGGCGACGACCCAUCCUCCCUGAUCGGUUUUCUUCCGAAGGAGAUCAAGGUCUAUAAGAAGCGAUGGCUGAUCCUCACACUCUUUGUGAUAUACAGCGCUAGCAACGCUAUGCAAUGGAUUGAAUAUAGUAUUAUUACGAACAUUGUAGCAAAAUAUUAUAAUGUCUCGGAUUAUGUAGUGGACAUGACGAGCAUGAUAUACAUGAUAACGUAUAUACCAUUGAUAUUCCCUGCCAGUUAUUUGCUUGAUAAUUUCGGUCUCAGAUGGACGGUGAUCGUUGGAGCUCUUGGGACCGCCAUAGGUUCCUGGUUAAAAGUAUUUAGCGUAGCCCCCGAUCGCUUUUGGAUCACAUUUUGCGGUCAAACUGUGGUAGCAAUUAGCCAAACCUGUAUUUUGUCCAUGUGUGGCAUUGGUGUCUUCGGCAACCAGCUGGGUAUAGCUAUCGGUUUCUUAUUUCCACCGAUGUUAGUGCCGAACAAGGAUACCUGUGAAAUCGAAAGGGGGCUUCAACGUAUGUUCUAUAUCGUCGCGGCUAUCACGUCGGUCGUACUAAUCCUCAUAUUAAUUUUCUUCAAGUCGGCACCGCCUUUACCACCUAGCUCCGCUCAAGUUGUGCAAAGAGAAAAAUCCGAAAGCAAUAAGGACGUGAAGAAUUUUUUUAAUUCUCUCGCAAGAUUGUGUUCGAAUCGUGGUUAUCUGUUGCUUUUAAUCAGUUACGGCAUUAACGUCGGUAUCUUUUAUGCUAUAAGCACUCUUCUAAAUCGACUUGUCACCAGAGAAUAUCCAGACAGUGAAGAGGAUGCUGGUCGAAUCGGCUUAACAAUAGUUUGUGCCGGAAUGGUUGGCUCUAUUGUCUGCGGUAUUCUAUUAGACAAAACACAUAAAUUCUGGUUGACCACGGUAGGAGUGUAUGUUUGUUCUUUGGUGGGUAUGAUAAUCUUUACUUUCACAUUGGACGUGAAGAUAUAUGUUGUCUACAUCACAGCUGGCAUUCUAGGCUUUUUUAUGACCGGAUAUCUGCCGGUCGGCUUCGAACUCGCUGCAGAACUUACGUUCCCGGAGCCCGAAGGAACAUCCACAGGUCUAUUGAACGCAGUCGUUCAACUGUUCGGUAUUGCCUUCACUCCGCUCUAUCGCUACCUGCUUAACAUUUGGGAAGAUUUUUGGGCAAAUGUCGCGCUGUGCUGCAUUCUUGCAGUUGGCGUUUUGCUUACAACUUUGAUACCGAACGAUCUGAGACGUCAAAAAGCGAAAGCUUGACAGUUUGAACAGUCACCUAAUCAGUAAUGAGCUACAGUCUUCGAAAAGUUUCUGUAGUUCGAAGGAGUAGUUUUUGUCUCGACAAUACUUUCCAUAAACCUAUUAUUCUAAUUCAAUUGGGUCUUAACUUAUUCCCGAAUAUAUACUGUGCGCCAGAAUUCCUGUUUCUCUGAGCCACAUAUGUAUUCAUCCGAAAAAGAUAUACCUUUUUCGAAAUUAAA